AUGAGUGCUACUGGCGGAGGAAGCGGUGGAGUUACGUGCGAGGAGCUCAAGGCCAAGUGCUUCCUCAUCCUGCGGACCUGCAUCUUUGUGAGUUUUGCGGGAGGAGUUUGCAGCGACGGACCUGAUCCAUUGACAAAAAAAGUAUCAUUUUGCAUUCGGAGAGUAUCAAAAAAUGUGGCAAAAUGCCUCCCUCUCCAACUAAAAAAACCCCCUUUUUGAAGAGCGCGACGUUUCCCUCACAAAAAGGCCUUUUGAAAUCGGGGGUUUUUUUACUAGGAGAAGGAGGCAUUUUGCCACAUUUUUGAUGCUUUCCGGAUGCAAAAUGGUAUGUUUUUUGUCGCUGGAUCAGGUCCGCCACUGUGGUAGGUUUUAGUACAGAUUCAGUCUAGGUUUUGCGUCAAAUUUAGAUUUUUUUGGAGAGAUUUUUUGGAAUUUUUGAAGUUUGAGUUAGAAUACAAAAAUGACAAAAUUUUGGCAUGUAUAUAUGGUACAGAAAAACUGUCUCAGCAUUUAAAAUGGGAUCAAAAGCGUUUAAAAUUAUGCUGAAUUUGGUAUCAAAAUGUAUCACAAGGGCCCGGAAAAAACUGUUUAUUUCGGUGGAAGUUUAAGGAUAACUUUUGACGUCUUUUUCGAACUCAAAAUGUCUCCCAUGAGGUUUCUAAUUUUUUUACAAUUUUUUAUAAGGUUUUUAUAAGCUUUGUAACCUUACUUGGUUCGUUUGGAUACUUUUUGAUACCAAAUUCAAGCUUUGUUUGGUUUCUUUUUGAAUCCCUUUGCCUUUUUUGGGAAAUUCUAUUAGGGUGAACCAAAAAAUUUUUCCGAUUUUUACAUCUUUUUGUCCAACUUUUUUUUUACGAAAUAAAGAUUUUUAUAUGAAUGUAUAUAUUAUAGUAUAUGUAUAUUUUUAAUACUAAAAUAAUUACUAAAAAAUCGGGAAAUUUUUUUGGUUCACUCUGAUAGAAAUCCGCCAUAAUUUCGCCCUCUCUUUUCAGUGCUGGAUUCUGAUCGCGGCGUCGGCGGGCAUUGGCACCAUCCUCUCCAACAUAGUUCUCUCCUGUGGGGGAGGAUACGGCUACGUGGGUUACAGCACCUAUUACAACUGUAACCCCACCUUCCUCUAUUACAUUGUGCCGGCGGUGAUGAUCGCGGCGCUGAUCGAGUACAGCAUCUACUGCUCCUUCCACUGCAUGGGCAAGAACGUGCCGGACAACCACGACCUGGUCUACAACAUUGUGGCCGGAGUUUUGUGUCUGGUCUCGUUCAUCUUGGGCUUUGCCGCGCACUUUGGCAACUACCACGUAGGUUUUGAUAACUUUAUUAUUUUUAAAUUUUUUAUUUUUUUUUUGAUUUUUUUUUGAUUUUUUUUUCAAUUUGCUGGCUUGUAGGGUAUUUUUGAUAACAAAAAUUUUAUUUUCAGGGCUUCCUCUGUGUGAUCGGUGUCAUCAUCUACGUCAUUUGCCACUUUGUGAUCAGAAAGAAAUGA